AUGUCACGACAAUUUCAUCCAUUCCCCCGUCUCCCCUGGGAGCUCAGGGAAAAGAUCUGGAAAUUCGCAGUCCGACCGGCUCUCCCAGGAGCGCACGUUUUCACAGUUUACGACGCCAACGAUUUAGACUACGCCGACUCUGAACAUACACUCCGUUGCAAUACAUCCUGGUGGAUCUCAGGAUCUCGUCUUGCCGCGCCGAAGUGCCUGCCGAGAGGGAUUGACUUGGACUCUCACUCGGCCGUGUCAGCCCCGAAUUCAUGGACGCUGAACAACCCGUCGACAUACCUCAUCGACAGUGGUCUUUGGACGGCCUGCAAAGAAUCACUCCUCAUUAUCCAGAAGGAGUUCCAACAUCCAGCACGACGAGGAAAAGGGCGGAGCGCCGCAGUGGUAAAAAUCUACCGGGACAAAGGAGGCCGCUUCACUCCGAUGGGGAGAAUCACAUUUCCAGUCUCCGAGGACGCUAAAUGUCGCCAUCUCACCGUUUUCCCGGGCCAGGACCUUUUUAUCCUACAGCCAAACGAUAUUGCGGCCGUGGACUGGGAGUUUAUCUGGGAUGUUUUCCCCCAUGACACUUUCGUGGUGACGGAUUUGGGGGGAUUAGCUUGGGUUGAACCUGAACGCCACAUGGCUCUCGAAUACAAUCCUGAGUGGGAUAGGAUGGCACAUAAUGAGCAUAGACGUGUUUUCCUAGGAGGACCCGAAGCGGUGUUAUACUUCGAAAUCGCCUAUAACACUGCGCAGGCGGGUCCAUUCACUCUUUGGUUCAUCGACUAUCGCAUCAAGCGCAAUGCGAGAUACCAGGAGCCCGCCCAGGAACAGGCCAAGCCCAAAGCGCACGGGGGGAAAUCUCCAAGAGUAUUCUAUGCGAGGGAUCGCCGGUUUGUGGAAGUGGAGGAGAAGCAAUUAGGACGUUGGACUGGGCAUGACCUAAUGUGGGAUGCCGGCACUGAAGUUCCAACAAAGGAUGACUGCUGCACCUGCUGUGGCGCCGGAGCAUAUGUCAAGCGGCUCAUGAAUUAUAUGGAGACCAGGUGGGGCUACGGCGAAAGUUAUGGGCAUCCCAGUCGUGGCUUGGGCUGGGUCCAGUAUGGGAUACUUGCUUGCGAGUAUCUUGGAUAA